CUGUCGCCCUGUUCAUUCACACCUGCAAACUAAAGUCCAUUCCUACCUUACGCCAGGGCGGAAGAACGAAAUAUUACACCGAAGAGCAAUUAUCUGCCCCCUUUCUCCCCCAUCCAUUCCGCGAGGCCUUUCAGACGUGUGCCAGGUAAUUUUGGGGCAACGCGAGUCCUGCACGCCUUGCACGUGAUUUCAGUGCAUGAAAAGUGGUUGCGGAGUAAGAUAAUUUCCCGCCCAAUUUCACCUCGUUGUGAUGGGGUUAAAUAAAUUCCCUAUCGAUUUUCACGCUGAUGCAAAAUGUAGAGCACUUUUGUGAAUAGUAAUGUGAGGCCGCCUUGCAAAAAUUCUACCCAUUCGUGGCCAGUUUGUUGGUAAACGCGCUCCGCGAUGCACUCUCUUUGCCAUCUGUGACAAUAUGACUUUCCUUUGACUGCUAAAUCGGUACACGAAAAAAAACCGCGAACUGAGGUAAAGGGCAGAGACUGAUAAGGACUCCCUCGUGAUUUUUUGCUCAUUUUUACCAAGUGAAACACGACACUUGUUCCACAAUUGACGUGAGACAAUGAAAAUAAAGAGCGAAGUCCAUGAACAGGGAAGAAUGUACAGUGCGUGGCAUGCUUACCAAGGAGUCUAAUGUGUGAGAACGACUUUUGAAAACAGGCGGAUGAGCGGCACUUCACGGUGAAAUCAAUUAGAGCCGCUGAGGUGCUGACCAGGUUCCCGCGACUUCCAUCCCAUUUAGCUGCAGCGCGAUAAUGGGAUGUCUCCUAAAUUGCUCAGUAUGUUCAUUUGUAAGUGAUAUAAGAAGAUUCUUUCGAGUGUCGCUUCGAAAAUCCAUAUUGCGAAUCACUACAGAUCGGCUAAGUGUGCGUCUAACUAAUAACUGAAUAGCGACUAAAUUGCUGCCUGCAAUUGCUGAAUUAUUGCGUAAUUUGUACCGUACUUGCUUCCGCCAGCGUAUGAAAAUAAUGGCUAAGGAGGCUCUAUGUUUGUUCUAGUAUUUCCUACUGCUUUCUGUCCAGCAUUAAUUAUUCAUGAUCUCUCAUUUUGCGCGCCACUUUUACCAGCUAGCAUGCUAUGUUGGCAGCGAGGCAAACGCACUGCCGCUUUCGGAGACUUUCCAUGGAGACAUUCUCUGUCCACUGCGACGUCGCGUCCACUUUCACGCAACUUUCCUUCUCCAAUUCAAAACAACACCGCGACACUCGCCGUCGCGCCGCCCACGAGAGCACAUUUGAUCAUGAAAUCCCGCGGCCACGCUUAAUCGCAACUUUUGCUAUCAGUAGGAAAUUUUGGUGUUUUGUUUUUUUUGCGUCAAGUGUCAAAGUCAGCCGGCCACACGUUGUUUACGCCACGAUGAAGCUGCAGAUCAACGUCUUUGACGCUGACGACGACAAGAAGAGCACGGUGCUCGAGAGCAACACAAACACAGCCCAAGAUGACGACUUUGAGCUGUGGGAUCAACACAGCGAGAUGCUGCGCGAGCAACAGGGCCCCAUGUGGGGCCACAAUGCCUGGUGCAAGCCCUCCUGCAUCCCAAUCUCCGUGAUCCUCAUCCUCAUCGUCCUCGUGGUGCUGCUGCCGCUCCUCGAUCACUCCAGCGAGAAGACCAAUCGCCUCAGUGACUCAGCCUUCCUUUGUCCGGACAGUUGCAACAUUCAACUGGUGGAGAGCAUCCCCGAAGGCCUUACGUAUCCGGCAGGCAGCGUGGCGUUUCGCAGCACCUUCGACGCGUGGCAGACACUCAUCGGCCUGGCCACGAAGUCCAUCGACAUCGCCAGUUUCUACUGGACGCUGCGGAGCGCCGAUGUGGUCAACGACUCAUCCUCGUGGCAGGGCGAGCAGAUCUUCCAGGCACUGCUGCAAGCGGGCACAAGGGGCGGCAUCGCGGUGCGGGUGGCUCAGAGCGCCCCCACACAGGCUCAGCCCAACAUUGACACUGAGAUAUUGAUCAAGCGCGGCGCCGCACAGGUGCGAUCGGUGAAUUUCCCACGGCUCCUGGGCGGCGGCGUGUUACACACCAAACUGUGGAUUGUUGAUGGACAGCACUUAUAUUUGGGGAGCGCCAAUAUGGACUGGAGGUCCUUGACACAGGUGAAAGAAUUGGGCGUUCUUGCAACGAAUUGCACAUGUCUGGCCAAGGACGUGGCGAAGAUCUUCAGUGUGUACUGGGACAUGGGCGAGGACAGUGCCCAAAUCCCAGACAAGUGGCCAGAUUCCUACGCCACGAAGUACAACUACGACACGCCGCUUCGCGUGAACUACAACAAUUCCCAGUUCAGCUCAAAUAUCUUCUUCUCAAGCUCCCCGCCGCCCAUGAGCCCAAGUGGCAGAGAGCAGGACGUUGAUGCCAUUGUUAAAAUAAUCGCACACGCCGAAAAGUUCAUCCAUAUCGCCGUUAUGGAUUACUUCCCGCUCACGAUUUACACGCCAAAAAUACAAUUUUGGCCCCAGAUAGACAAUGCCCUGCGCAAAGCGGCCAUUGAGAAUAAGGUUUCUGUGAAACUGCUCAUAUCAUGGUGGAACAACUCGCGUCCCGCCGAAGAUUACUUCCUGCGCUCACUGGAGGACAUCUCAGAAGCCUACAAGAAUGUCAACGUGCAGAUCAAGCGCUUCAUCGUGCCCAAAUCCGACGACCAGGCGCGCAUUCCCUUCGCUCGCGUGAACCACAACAAGUACAUGGUCACGGACAACGUGGCGUUCGUAGGCACCUCCAACUGGUCCGGCGACUACUUCAUCGACACCGCCGGCAUCGGGCUAGUGAUGAUGGAUCCGGAGCACGGACAGCACAACAUGACGGAGAGCGAGAGCCUGAGACUCAAUCUAGCAGCAAUAUUUGAUCGGGACUGGAAUAGCGCGUACGCAGUGAAUGUGAUCAAGAAAGUGGCCUUCCAAAAUCAUCUUCAACCCCUAGAUUAAGGGCGAUUGAUUCUAAGCCGA